GCAGAUACCCAGGCUGCCGAAAGGAGGCCCAGCAUCUGCUAUAGCGGCAUGAAGCCACCAGCAUGGAAAAGCUCAACUUCUGGCACUUUCAACCAUCCGAGGAGCACGACGACGCGACACCGGAGGAGCAGCAUAAGCAAUUCCUGUCCAAGCUUGUGACCCGGUUGGUCUACACUUGUAACCACCUGCAAUCCGAGCUGGCGAUUCUCCGACGGGCAAUGCAGAACCACAAGGAUUUGCACGAGGAUGCUACACGGGCACUUCAUUCCCGUGUACAGGACUUGGAGCAAGUUGCACCAAGACCGAAUGCUGACGAGACCGGCAGUGCACCCUCUACCCGCCAGUUGGAGGAACGAGUUGACCACGUAGUCGCAAUGCUCGGCGACAUCAGCACCUUCGCUGCACCGGCGACCAUCAGCAAGCAGCUGGACACCUUGAAGACCGAGGUUCAGCAGCUGCACCAGCUGCCCAACAGCAAUGGCAAGACAAGUGUGCAGCACUACAAGAUGCCGACAUUCCGCAUCGAAAACACUCAUAUCGGCACGCUGUUCCUCAACUCAAAGGGAGGUUGCCAGAUCUGGCUCAGCCACUUGGCAUCCAUUCGCGGCGUCCAGGUCACCGAUCUUCAUAAGAAGAUAUCUUGGGAAGAGUUGACAAAGCUAUGGAAGAAGCGGUUCAUCGUUGACGACGCCCCGACGGUCGCCAUCAAUCGCCUCUUUACUACGACCCAAGGCAACACAUCGACACGUGACAAGCUCACGGAAUGGCCAAAGAUCGUGGCAAUGCCCGAUCUUGACUUGCCAUUUUCACAUCUGCGCCGGGAGUUCUACAACCAGUCAUGUGCCGCCUUGAGCCUCGCACUUCGUGAUCGCGAGCAAUACACAACCUUCGCCGAAAUCAUCGACAAGGCAAGGGAGAUCAUCAAGACCAACAGGGCAGCUGCACACGAGAAAUCAGCAUGGCAGCCAACCUAUGUGGAGAAAGGAAAAUCUGGUCCGCGUCUGCAGCAUGUCGCUGCAGUCCAACGGGACAACAUUGUGGAAGACCCGGCACCACCCAAGCAUCACUUCGGUCGACUGUCGAAACCGCAUUACAACGUGCUCAUGGCAGAAUUGCGGGAUUACUUGCACACUGCAGUACCAACUUCGUUGAUGGACGCUGGAGUAGAGGUUGUCGACCUUCACAACCACAUUGCGAAGAUCGACCGCGAGUUCAAGACACAACGAUUGGCCCAUCCGCCACGAGAUUAUCCUCGAGGAUGGGGCCGUACCUCCGCGUGGUUGCAUCUACUGCAUGAGCGAGGAAGAAUGCUAGGGGCACAACUCGACCAUCUUCUAGAGAAAGGUUGGAUUCGGCCUAGCUCUUCGUCAUUCCGUGCUCCCGUUCUCUUUGUCCGGAUGAAGAAAAAGGAGUUGCGGUUGUGCAUCGAUUAUCGCAAGCUCAAUGCGCAAACCGUCAAGAACGCCAACCCUCUUUUGCGCGUCGACGACCUCCUCGAACGACUGGGGGGCGCCAAGUCCUUCUCCAAGCUUGACCUCAAAUCGGGAUAUCACCAACUCGAGAUCCGGCAGGAGGACCGCUACAAGAACGCAUUUAACACGCGAUAUGGGCAUUUCGAAUGGCUGGUUAUGCCUUUUGGCCUUACGAAUGCCCCGGCCACAUUCCAAGCGGCUAUGACAACGGAGUUCAGACACAUGCUGGAUAGAUUCGUACUCAUCUACCUCGACCACAUCUUGGUGUACAGCCGGAGUUUGGACGAGCAUGUGGAGCACCUGCGCACCGUUUUGGAGCGGCUACGACAAGCCAAGUACAAAGCAAACCGCGACAAAUGCAAAUUCGCACGGCAAGAGCUGGAAUACUUGGGACAUUAUGUGACGCCGCAAGGCAUCCGUCCGCUUGCGAACAAGAUCGAGGCCAUUCGCGUAUGGCCCGAGCCCACCAACACCACGGACGUUCGUUCAUUCAUGGGGUUGGCAGGCUACUAUCAACGCUCCAUCACCGGGUACUCAAGGAUUGUCGCACCUAUGACGAGAUUACAAUCGCCAAAGGUGCCAUUCGUAUUCGAUGACGACGCACGCCGGUCAUUCCAAGCACGCAAGACCGCCAUGCUCAUGGCACCCAUCCUUAGCAUCUAUGACCCCACCCUGCCAACGAGAGUGACAGCCGACGCUUCCGGCUAUGGCAUUGGGGCAGUCUUGGAACAACAUGACGGCGACGACCGGCACCCUGUGGAGUAUUUCAGCCACAAAGUGCCUCCCAUCAAUUCACUUUAUGAUGCAAGGAAGAAGGAGCUGCUCGCGUUCUUGAUGGCUCUCAAGCGAUGGCAGCACUUCCUCCUUGGGCGUCGUAGGUUCACAUGGGUCACGGACAACAACUCAUUGACCUACUACAAGACGCAGGAUACGCUGAGCAGCACAAUCGGACAAUGGAUAUACUGCAUUGACCAAUUUGACUUCACACCGAAACAUCUCCCCGGCCUCUCCAAUCGCGCAGCAGAUGCACUCCUACGAAGACCCGAUCUUUGCGCUAUGACACAUCAUGCCUUCGCAUUUGACGAGGAACUCCAGCGACACUUCAUCCCGAGCUAUGAGUCUCAUCCGGAUUUCGCCACAUUGUACGCGCAGCUCUCUUCGGAUCACUCGCCGGCCAGCCACUAUCGCAUCGUCGAGGGGUACUUGCUCCUCCACUCGAGAGGCAAGGACUUCUUGUGUGUCCCACGAGACCGUCGUCUUCGGACUCGCCUCCUUGGCGAGUACAAUGACUCGCGACUCGCCGGCCAUUUCGAAGUCAAUCGCACUAAUGCACAACUUCGACAACGAUUCCGAUGGCCAGACCUCAUUACCAAUGUCACUCGGUAUUGCGACUCUUGCGAAGACUCCGGCACGAAGAUGAAACCAAGUUCGGCUCGGCAUCCACAAACGGACGGGCAAACGGAGCGGGCACAUCAAACCGCUCAAAUCAUGCUUUGUACGCUCAUCCGUCCGGAUCAGAAGGAUUGGGUUGACCGCCUCCCCGACAUCGAGUUCGCCUACAACACUUCGUUGCAUCCGACGAUCGACGUAACUCCAUUCGAGUUGCACCACGGUGGCCGGAAAGGACGUAUCUUCGCUGAUCUUCUCCUCCCACGAGCAGCCGACAUAGACGCUGCUUGCUCCCCUGCUUUCGUUAGAAGGUAUAGGGAAUUGCUGGCUCAAGCCCGCGCGAACAUGCAAAAGGCUCAAGUCUGCAUGCAGCAGCAAGCCAAUAGGCAUCGUGUGCCUUGUCCCAUCCGCGCCGGUGAUCUGGUAUGGGUCUCCGCAGAAGAGUUUGCACUGGAACAGGAUGUACGCAAACUGCUUCGCAAGUGGUUUGGACCAUGGCCAACCGCAGGCGAUGAGCCUGAUGACCCCUCAUUUGUGAUCAACAUCCCCCCGCAUCUAACGGUCCAUCCAGUCUUCCACGCCUCGAAGCUGGCAACAUAUACACCAGCUAAGAGCGACAACUUCCCGGGCCGACGAUCGCAGGACCCUCCAUCUAUGGAUGGUCAGCAGGAAGUCGACCACGUCAUCACGGAUCACAAGUACGGCAGCAAGCCUCGACAGUACAAAGUUACAUUCAAAGCAUGUGAUCCCGACGACACUUGGUGGAUCUCAGGAACAGAUUUGACAGCAUCCCCACCGCUGAUCUAAGCUCACUACGAGCGACAAAGG